AUGGCUUUCAAAGUUAUCAUUAUUGGGGGUGGCCCUGUUGGACUUUUCCUUGCAAACAGCCUCCAAGCCGCUGGAAUUGACUAUGCGCUGUUCGAAAAGCGAAGCGCUGUGGCUCCCACAACUGCAUUUGGCAUUUUCCUUAUGCCUCAAGUCACGAGGAUGAUGGAACAGUUAGGCCUCUUGGAGAGUUUGAAGAAGGUGUCUCAUCAGAUGACGGGCAUGGUGCACCGCGACGCCAACGCAAAGCACCUAAGCGAAGAUCAGGAUUAUGCCGCGUUUUCUCAGAUCCACGGCUAUCCUGUCGUUGUCACAGAUCGUGCCAGCCUUUCUCAGGUUUUCCUUAGUGGUCUUGAUAAACCAGAAGAGCAUGUCUUUACCAGAAAAGAACUUACCAACAUUGUGUUCGGCAAAGACGGCGUGACUGUGGAAUUCGCUGAUGGCACAAGCCAUGAAGGAUCGAUUGUCAUCGGCGCAGAUGGCAUUUGGAGCUCAGUUCGUGACCACUUGCGUAAAGUCGCACCCGAGGGUCUAUUCGUUGAGAACCCCUUUACAGCGUCAUUCACUGGCGUUUUUGGCAGAGGACCGCUGUUUGACGAUAUUCCUUCCGGACAAGGAGCAGAGGUGCACGGAGAUGACUGGGUGAUCCAGGCAUUCCCUUCGCAGAAAGAGACGCACUUAUUUAUCUACAAGCGCAUCCCGAGAUGCACCGACAGAGUCCCCUUUACCACAAAUGUGCCGAAGGAUCUAGUUGAGGAGUUCGCAAAUGUCAAACUGACACCCAAGGUCACAUUUAAAGACUUGUGGGAUAAGCGGUUCGCUGCAGGCCACGCAAAUUUCGAGGAGGGUGUUGUGGAGCUGUGGCACUGGGACCGCGUUGCUCUUGUGGGGGACGCAGCUCACAAGAUGAACCCGAAAUGGGGCGUUGGCGCUAACAUCGGCAUGGAGGCUUCUGCCAAUCUCACUAACAAGCUUGCGGCCCUGUUGAAAAAUGGCUCAACACCUUCCACUGAAGAGCUCUCGCAAUUGUUUAAAUCAUACCAAGGAGAGAUGGAAGGCAAGGCCGGAACCUGGGAACGAAUUUCCAUCUCCAAUCUUGACCAAGCCACUCACCCAGGUGGGCCUCAGAUUGAUGCUAUGAGGCAAAUGGCCAUUAUUCGUGCUCCAUCUAUGAUUUCGAAGGCAUACAAGCUUGAAAACGCCCCUCACAAAGCAGAGAACCCCGCUCAACUCCCUUGGCUGUAUUAA